CGUGCGGGGCAGCGCAGGCCCACACCUGAGGCGCUGGUCGGGGAGAGUGUGUCCGUGCGGCAGCAGCUCCUCGAAGCGGCGCAGUCAGCCAGCGCGAAUGUGAACGGUUUGGGACGGCUCAGGACGGCCCAGGACGGCCCAGGACCCGGCACGACUGAAGAGGGGCUUCAGGAAGAGAGGGAUAUAACCAGCAAAUACAAGAAAAAGUAACCAUGUCGCUGCUCCACGAGCCCCACUUCAGCGCCUACCAAUGGCAGCCCGCGACCGGUGGCUUCGGCAACCACACCGUUGUAGACAGCGUCCCGGCGGAAAUGUUGCACAUGGUGGAUCCCCAUUGGUACCAGUUUCCGCCUAUGAACCCGCUGUGGCACGGGCUGCUGGGUUUCGUGAUCGGGUGCCUGGGCGUCAUCUCGCUCAUCGGCAACGGUGUAGUCGUGUUCAUCUUCUGCUCCACCCGGGGCUUGCGCACCCCGUCCAACAUGCUUGUCGUCAACCUUGCUAUGUCCGACUUCCUCAUGAUGUUCACCAUGGCACCGCCCAUGGUCAUCAACUGUUAUUACGAGACGUGGGUGCUGGGGCCCUUCAUGUGCGAGCUCUACGGCUUGUUCGGGUCGCUCUUCGGCUGCGGCUCAAUAUGGACCAUGACGCUCAUCGCCAUGGACCGGUACAACGUGAUCGUCCGAGGUCUCUCGGCGGCUCCAAUGACCAACAAGAAAGCAUUCCUCUGGAUCCUGUUCAUUUGGAUCAUGGCUGUGGUCUGGACCGUGUUUCCUAUGGUGGGAUGGAACAGGUACGUCCCCGAGGGAAACAUGACGGCCUGCGGCACCGACUACCUCAACAAGGACUUCUUCAGCCGGAGCUACAUCCUCGUAUACUCGUGCUUCGUUUAUUUCCUGCCACUCAUUAUCAUCAUCUGGGCUUACUUCUACAUCGUCCAGGCCGUGUGCGCGCACGAGAAGAACAUGCGCGAGCAGGCCAAGAAGAUGAACGUCGCAUCGCUGCGGUCAGCCGAGAACCAGGCGACCAACGCCGAGGCCAAACUAGCAAAGGUGGCGCUCAUGACCAUCUCUCUGUGGUUCAUGGCGUGGACGCCGUAUCUCAUCAUCAACUACGCGGGCAUUUUCGAGGGCUACAAGAUCAGCCCACUCGCCACCAUCUGGAGCUCGCUUUUCGCGAAAGCGGGCGCCUGCUACAACCCCAUCGUGUACGGCAUCAGUCACCCGCGGUAUAGAGUCGCGCUGCAGAAGAAGUUCCCCAGCCUGUCGUGCGCGCCCGCCAUUGACGACACGGCCUCCGUGUCCUCGGGCGUGACGAACGUCUCCGUGUCCGAGUCCGUGGUCACCGAGAAGGCGUAGCCCGGCGGCUGAGAGCGCUCGCCUCGACGAGCAGCCCGGAGCGCAACGGCGUGUGUUGCACCGCGGGCCUUGCAACGUACGGCACCGCGCCCCGGGAACUUGACGAGUUCACUGGUAAAACAAAGGUGCUAAGUCCUGCCUUUCCUGGGGCAAUAAAGACAUUUUCAGUUUAGUGCCUAACAAAGGCACUAAACAGGGUAUAAAUUGCCCAAAAGGUGCUAGUGCCUUUUAAAGGCAGGAGUUAGCACCUUUCUUUUUCCAGUGUGAGCGGCGCGUAUACCGGCGAGAGCAGGACAGAAUCUGCCCGGCGGACCUCGCGGCCGGGGAGCCACAAGUCGUGCCCUCCUCUGACCGGCGUGCGUACCAAACAACUUCGACGAAAAAAUUGGCUGUGUUUUCGUGCGGCUGUGGCCAGUUUUUGUAAGUUUGAAGGAUUUUAAAGUCAUUUCCAGAUUCAAACAAAAUUUGUAAAUACGAGAGAUGAAAGUUAUUUAAUGGCGUAUGAGUGUUCGGGUCAAACUUUAAGGGCCUUAAUGCAGACGUUCUCCACCCAUUCCAUAACAGCUUAUAGUUCAUUUUUUUCAUUUUCACCAAUAAAGAUUGAAAAAUUUAACGACUGGAAAAAA